AAAGGGGGCGGAUAGCGGGCUCGGGCCCCCGCCGCGGCGUCUGGCCAAUGGAGAGGCGCGGCCCCGGGCGCCGCGCUCGGCUGCCCGCAUUUAAACCGGGACCGGCGCGAUGCCCCGCACUCGGGACGCCCUCCGCAGACCGGGCCAUCCCGUCCGGUGUGCAAGCGAGCGCCGUCCUCUCGGUCCUCCACGGCUGACUCCGCGCCGAGCCCGGGCGGCUCGGGCCGCGGUGGCACGACAGCGCAGGCCACGAAGACCCGCACCUUUGACAGCAUGAGCCGCACAGCGUACGCAGUGGGAGCCCUGCUUCUCCUCCUGGGGACCCUGCUGCCGGCUGCCGAGGGGAAAAAGAAAGGGUCCCAGGGGGCCAUUCCCCCACCCGACAAGGCCCGGCACAACGACUCUGAGCAGACUCAGUCCCCGCCGCAGCCCGGCUCCAGGAACAGGGGGCGCGGCCAGGGGCGGGGCACGGGCAUGCCGGGAGAGGAGGUGCUGGAGUCCAGCCAGGAGGCCCUGCACGUCACCGAGCGCAAAUACCUGAAGCGAGACUGGUGCAAAACGCAACCGCUGAAGCAGACCAUCCACGAGGAGGGCUGCAACAGCCGCACCAUCAUCAACCGCUUCUGCUACGGCCAGUGCAACUCGUUCUACAUCCCCAGACACAUCCGCAAGGAAGAAGGCUCCUUUCAGUCCUGCUCCUUCUGCAAGCCCAAGAAAUUCACCACCAUGAUGGUCACCCUCAACUGCCCGGAACUGCAACCCCCAACCAAGAAGAAGCGAGUGACGCGAGUGAAGCAGUGUCGUUGCAUAUCCAUCGAUUUGGAUUAAGCUUGGGGGGCACAGCCAGCCUGUCCUAAGGAUGCAGCUCCAGGCGGGUCCAAAGCCAGUCCUAGAACCACCAGUGCCUCCCAGCAGGAGCCUGCUAGUGCCUACUUCAUGGGCAUGGGUGCCUGUGGGUGUUUGCAGACACCAGAGGAAAUAGUCUUUGCUAGAGGUCACUUCCUAUUGUGCAAACAUAUCCACUUCCAAGGGGGCAGCCCCAAAGUUCAAACCAGCCAGGGCACAUUCAAAGGGGGGCAGCAGGACUGUGGUCUGGUUCUGGCUUGUCUUCCCUGUGCUCUCCUAAAGACCCGAAUCUCUCUGCAGAAUGAAUGUUAAUGGAAGUGGCUACUCAGAGGGCCAGAUAACUUGUUUCAGUGCUGUGAUAUACUCAGUAAAGGAAUUUCAACCUGUGCUUGCUUCUUCCUCUCUUCCUCCUUUCCACAGCUCAUUCCUUCUUCCGGUCUCAGUGGCUAUUUCACUUACCCCAAUAUCCGCCAAGGUUUCUGAAUGAACUCAUCUGUUCUUAGACUUACAACAUAAAGGGGGAAGUUGGUGUGGGUCAGAGCAAAGGCCAGGCAGAAAGGGAAGGGAGAAGAGGAGGUUGAUGACCAUUUUGGCCCAGCCAAAUUCAGUAGGGAGACAAAGAAGAGACUUGGGGGCCAAGUGUAAACAUAAUGAGAUCCAGGCUUUAGUAAAAGUGUCUUCCAGAUAUUUAACAAGACCAAAGAGAAUGGAAGAGAGGCGAAGCUCUCUGUAAUGCAAUCCCACACCUAAAUAUUGAAGGUUAGAGAGAAAGCACAGUGAAGGUCAGAGAGAAAGCACCCAACUUCAAGCUCUGCUGGAAGUGACCCCAAGUGACCCUAAGUAGCCUCCUGAGCACUGCCAAUUGUAGCAACCCCAAACAAAACAAAGCAUAAAUUAGUCACCCCUAUUUGCAGAACCAAGUAAAUGAGCUAACCACAACAGCCCCUUCUGAUUUGCCCCUUGGAUGGAUAAUAGAGGUAGUUUAGAAGUUUCUACCCAGGGUUGAGAACAAGAUAAAAAUCUCACAGGCCAGGGACUGGAGCGAUAGCACAGCGGGUAGGGCGGGUUCGAUUCCUAGCAUCCCAUGUGGUCCCUUGAGCGCCGCCAGGAGAGAUUCCUGAGUGCAUGAGCCAGGAGUAACCCCUGUGCAACGCCCGGUGUAACCCAAAAAGCAAAAAUAAACAAAAAAAUCUCACAGGCCAGUAGAUCCAAGUAGCCGCCCCCCCCCCCACACACACACACACUUGGGUACAAUAACUUUUGUGUCAGUAUCUUAUUUCUGUGCAUUGCUUCUGGAAUCAUAAUUCCAUAUUAAAAAGAUUCUUUCUCAGCAGAGUAAAGAACCAGUCUGAAAGGGGAAUUAAGGGCCUACUCCACAUAUGCAAGAAGUAUAUUAUAGGUCUUAUUGUUGGGCAAUUGAGCUGGAGAAUAUAAGAGAGUGAUAAAAUACAGGGGAUUGCCUUGGCCAAAGGGUAGUUUAAUGCCUGAGAAAAGUAUAGGGCAUGACUCUCCCUUUUUCCUCUGUAUGUUGAAGGUCUAGUGGGAAAUCUGCUUACGAAAGCAGAGUAUUUGAAUACAUUCGUUAUUUACUGCUGGCCAGUUUGAUGUAACAUUGUAGACACUGUUCCAUGAUUAAACUCAGGCUAUUCACAAUGUCCACUUGGCCAAAGUUAUCUAAUGACCAGAGUGCUGGGCUGGUGAUUUUUGGAUUUGGCUAGCCCAUACACUUCAAGGCUGAGGUUUUACAUGUAUCCUCCCCACCUCCAACCAUCAAACAUUCUUUUUGCCUCCCUGCAGAAAUCACAUGUACUAGAGACACAAACACUAUAGCCUUUCCUUUCAUUUUUCCAUUAAGGACCUAGCACUCAAAAGCCAUUGCAACUAAAAACUAGACUGCUUUUAUUUCAUUUUUUAUUUGCUCAAGUGCUCUCACAUCUAAUAGCUACAUAAGAGCCAUAGUUUGAGUGAGGACUUAUCUUGAACACCCAAAAUAGUGGGUCUAAUUAUAAAACUUCCAAACUCACUACUGAUGAUUCUGCAUGAAACAAACUUGAGCAAAAUACAUCAUCUGUGCAUUUUGUUAUGCUGUCUUCCCCUGCCCUAAAUCUUUCUAUCAUCUACAUCCUUCAACAGUAAAGCACAGAAUGGAUUUAAUUAAGCACGCAAAUGCUAAGCCAGAAUUUGGAGAGUGGGGGAGAGAAAGGGGAAGGAGCUGAAAAUAUAAAACCACACGAGAAGGGAAAAAUGACAUUCAGAACCAGCAGACACUGAGUUUCUCUUGUUGUUUUAACUCUGCCACAAGCAUGCGAUUUUGUUAAAAAGAGAUGACUUAAGUUGGCAGCAGUAAUCUUCCUUUAGUAGCUUGUACCACAGUCUUGCAUGUAAGUUGGAUUUGGCUUAAGUAAAGAGAAUUUCCUCAAAAUUAACUUCACUGGGAUAAUCAGCAGCAUAACUACCCUAAAAGCACAGCACGAGCCAGAGAGGGAAAUGCCUGCUUUUCUUACUGUGCUUUUAUUAAGACUAGCACGAGUCUGUAUGUUUUCCAACAUUACCGAAAGUGCCAUAUCUUUCAACUCCCUAUUGUAUUGGAGUCUCCCAUAAUGUAAUGAUGUUUUUUGUAACUAUAGUGGAAUAUUUUUGUGACAAGAUAUUUGUGAUCUCUAUCUGUCCUAUGAAAAUAAUGCCAAACACCAAAUAUGCAUUUUAUGAUGUACACUUUGUGCUUGGCAUUAAAAGAGAAAAACACAUCCUUGUUAAAGCUGUAAGGUUGUUUAUUUUUGUUGUUGUUGUUGUUGCUGUUUUAGUUCUUCAAAGUUAAAAAAUGUAAGCAAACAAUUUAGAGGAAGGGAUAAUUUCCACUGUGUGGAAUGUGAAUAGUAAAGCAAAAAGUUAUGGGUAUUUAAUGUAAUUAUUAAUUCAAAUAUUUUGGUCACUGUGAUGUCAAGCAUUUUCUUUUUCUUUCUCCUUUCUAUAACUUCCUCUGAGUUGAGUAAAGGAGAGCAAGCAAGUUGUAUGUCAUUGCAGGAUUUGAUCAGAUCAGAGGGAAACCAUGCAAUCUUGACACACUGAGCUUGUGUUCCAGAGUCAAGACAUUAGUUUUGUUUUAAUUGAAUAUUCCUUAAAGGUCAACAUCUCCAAGACACCAUUAAGCAGAUUUUAAAGGUUAUUUUGUAUGACUUAUGAUGUGAGUAUACGAACAAGUAGCAGAUAAUAAUCAACAGUUCACAAAUCCUUUUAAGGAAAAUAUCUAAAAAGUGGAUGUAAGGACAUUUAUAAGUGACCAGUUCGUGCUUAAGAGUGAGAGCCAUUCUAUGGAUCUGUCACUCUCAAGAUAUUUAAUAUUAACCACCUAGGGUAUUAUGUCUGCUUUAAUCAUUUAAAAACAUCAGAGGAUUAUAUAGACUUUGAUUGAGGUACUUUGCUAUGUAUGAGGAUGAGAAGGGAUUUGAUAGUCUUGCAAAAGCUAAUUUGGUAUAAAGCAAAGUUUCAUAAUCUGUAACUAGAUUUAAUUUCACACCAGUAAUGGUCUAUAUAACAUUUGCCGAAGAGCAACCAAUA